AUGUCGACUACUGCAGCAGCCAAUUCCGUUGAACAAGAAAUUGUCACUGGUGGCAGCAGUAGUCGUGGAUACAAGUCGUUCUUGAAACCGGACCCGCAUCAAACAUCUGCGUUACAAGAAGCUGCCAAAGCGGAAGUCUACAAACUCUCUACAGUCAAUGAUUCAGGCGUGUUCCUGCCGCCCUCACCAAAACUGGACAGCAAGCGAGACCAUUGGGUCGAGCUGGACGAAGAAGCCUUGGCCUUCCGUUUGCCCAGUCCAGAACGUCUGACCACAUACGGCAGCAACGACAAGAAGCAAUAUCCCACAUUUUACACACCAUCUGCAGUCGUAUUUCCACGUCCUUCGUCAGUCGACACUACCACCGAAGACGAUGUUCCUUCGCUUAUGACCGAUCUCUCCUCUGCCCAAUCAACGUCUAACGUUCUUUAA